UCGCUAAAUUGGACUCGGAAGUGAGGCGGCGAGCGCGUGUGUCAGUUUCGAUUGGGAUUCUCACCCUGCGGAUCCUGCUGCGCCUUCAAGUAGUGCGCACCACGCCGGCCGGGCCUCAGAAGGACCUCUUGUUGCGCUGCAGCGGAGCCAAAGCAGCCCCGCCGCAGCAACUCCAGAGGCUCAAUGGUCGGUGGCAUGGCCGAGGCGCGCGCCGCGAGGGCGUGCCUCCUGGUGCUCGCCGUUGCCGCCUGGGUGAGCCCCUCCAGCCCGCAGCAGAUGGAGGACGCGCUGCCCGCCCUCAGCCCGCUGGCCGGCCUCAACCUCGACGAGCACGGGGCGGGCGGGCAGUGCGCGCGCGACACCCGGGCGCUGGUGGCUGCGGCAAGCAACCGCACUCUGUGGGCGGUGAGGAUGCUGGACGCGAGCGCCCGCGUGUCCUCGGGGGUGCUGUGGGGCUCGCGCUACCAGCUGGGCAGCUACGACGGCUGCAUGGCCGUGGGCGCCUCCUCGCCGGUGGGCGCGCGCUACUGCCUCGUCGGCGUCAACCACGAGACGGAGCGACCGGCGCAGCAGGCUGCUCGCGGCACCUGGGAACUCGUCGAGGACCUGCCCCAGGACCAGGACGUCGCCGCGGUGCUCAGGGUAGGUGGACCACGUCAUCACGGCGUCGCGAGGGUAAAAGAAGUGAAAACAACAUUUUUCUGCUCUCCUCGGUGA